UUGUAUAAAAAAACGAGUGUUUUCAGUCGACUUUCGUCUUUGAUCAAGAACACCAAGGGUAAAAUUGUCUACAAAUCCAACGAAGAACCCUGCAGGAACGAGAGGUUCCUUCCACCACAUGUGAUCGAAAUUGAAAAGGAUGACGUUCUUAUGCAAGAAGAGAUCUUCGGACCCCUUUUGCCGAUUGUGACCGUGAAAUCAUUCGACGAAGCUAUCGAAUGGGUCAGGGAUAACGAAAAGCCCCUCGGUGCCUACCUCUUCACUAAGAAUCCCGAAAAGGCGAAACGCUUCCUUCUGGAGACGUCCAGUGGCGGAGUAACAGUGAACGAUGUGAUGGUCCACGCUUUUGUGAACACCCUUCCUGCCGGUGGUAUAGGCAACAGUGGUAUGGGUCGACUAAACGGUAAAUACGGGUUCGACAACUACGUCCACGAGAAGCCGAUUCUUGUGAGAAAUGGCCUCGGGAAGGAAGUCUUCGCUAGCCUGUGA